GAGCUUCCAACACAGGAAGACUUAUAGAAAGACUUUUUUAACUAAUGAACAACCCUAUAGUUUUCACAGCCAGGAAAUUGAAACCGAACAACGCAGAGUGCUUUUGUGGCCCUGGAUAUUCCCAUAUACUGGAUCCUCGGAUUAACACAUUUGCCUUCAAAGACUGAUACCCACCUAGCUGUUUGACUAAGCAACCUGCAGUCCUGCACUACUCCGCAGCAGCAAACCGACAAAGGGGAAGUGCAAACUCUAUCGAAAAGAUGGGUAACAGCCGUAACCCGUAAACUUGUGAGCAACAGCAAAUGAAACAAUUUCCUCGGACGAAACCGAAUAGAAAAAGAGGACGGAAGAAUGCGAUAAGUUAUACAUAUUCUUGAAAAAGAUUGGAGAGUUUGUAUCUCUCAUUCUUUAAAAGAUAAAAAGGUGGGUACGCUUUAUUACCCUCAACCUUUUGCUACUGUUUCACUAUUUGUCACUUUGCGGAAAAGUGGUUUUUCGUUCUCUGCAGGGUAGCUGGUCGCGGCGACCGGGAAGGCUCCACUUGCGUCGGGUAAGAAGCCAGUUCCGCCGCUGCCUGGUUAAAUCAGCAACCACGCCUCCCGUACGCAUGCUCCAGUUCGCCCUUAUCGCAGAACCUGCAAGGAAUAGUGUUCUUUUUGUCCUCGCAUCACUUCACCAUGCUGCUUUUUCAGAAUCGCCGGUCGACCACUCAUAACCCACUCCGCUUCUGUCUACACGCCACUGAUUGAAGAGCUUCCCAAACACCAGAUUUGUUACCGGCCUCGCCUCGAGAUGAUCUUCCCGUCUCUGCUGCAUAUUCUCAUCAAUUCUAGGCGCCCAUACUUUCCAUAUCAUCCGUCACUUCACGGCCUUAUCCCUCAAAUCCGCAAUCCCUAGCCACCGCUUUUGCCAUGUACGUCCUCUAACAUCUCCAGAUUGCUUCUCCAUCUAGCGAUCUUUUACAGUCUCCACGGCUGCUCCUACACGCCACCGACCAUGAUUUUUACAGCCGGCGCCUUACUUCCCCAGAUUACCAGAAGACUUCUCUUCUCUAGGUGGAGCCUUUCGAUUGCCUCUUCGCCUCCUAUUGAAUUCAUUUGUUUAUCCAUUCUCGAUUUCAUGUCUCAAAUCUUCAAGCAACCCAACUUUCUACCCUUUUCCUGCAAAAUACCUAUUCCGCCAAAAACAGUCUCUGCUGCUUUCUCAUGCACUGCUUUCCACCUCAAAGAAACUACACGUGGAUGCCUCUUCCAUACCUGGGUCGUUGAUGGGGCUGAUACAUGAAACUGGAAAAGGGACAGGGUUGAGUUUGUGGAUACAAGAUGAUGUGCUGCUUCCACAACUAACAAUGGAAGAGAUAUUGUAUUUGUUGCAUUCCUGAGUGCUCCCAGACCAUUAACAAGCGGCAGAAGUAUGCAAGAGUUGAGACUUUGAUCAAUGAUCUAGGCUUCGAAAGGUAAAUUAGAAAGACACUGUAAUUAUAUGCUUGCUUUUAAGUUUCCUUUAGCACACCUUUGUACAGAUCCUCCUGAUAUCAUAUGGUCAGCCGGUUUACUAUGGUAGAGCUAGAGACUCCAUGGACUAUUUUGCUUCACUGAGGGUCACGCUAGAGAUGGCCAUGAACCCAGCUGAGUUCAUGCUUGAUUUGGCCACUUGACAAAUCACUGACAUCAGUGUUCCUCAGGAUAUCUCAACUGCUGCUGCACCAUCAGAGUCUCAUAAUUCAGAGGAAGGAGUCAAAGUAAGGAGACUUAUUUCAACCCCUUCCCAUAUUUAUUUCCCUUUUAUGCUAUCCUAUUAAUUGGUUUAUCAUAUACAUCGUAUAUCAUUUCAUCACCAACAAGGGAUGUACAAGACUCAGCUUGAGCCAAAAGAGAAGGAAAAGAACCGCAGUAAUAAAAAGGCUCCGGAGCAUUUGCAAGUGACCAUCAAAUUUACUGGAGCAAUUCAGGAUUAUAUACAAGAGAACAUUCAAGGAAAGGUGAUUGGAAGGGUGUCGUUGCAGCAACAACGAUUUGUUAAGAAGAGCAUAAAGAAUAAUGUGAAUGAGUUUGUUAAUUCUGUGAAAGUGAAAACUUAUUUUAUAAUUCAUUACUGACCCUUAUUUGUUAGUUGGUUCGUUAUUAAGGAGCUUAUGAGAUUAAACACUUGAGGAAUGGCAGGAAGAAGGUGAAGAUUUAAGAAAAAAGAAGAGCAGACCAAAGAAUUAAGCAAAUGAGAAGAGAUCCAUGACAGAAUUUGCAGAACUGAAACUGGAAGCUCUAGAGCAGGAAGAAAGUUUAAAAUUUCUAAAUGUUCUUCCAUCCUUGGAUUUGUUGGGGUAUUUAUUUACCUUGGUCACUCAUUUGUCGGUUUGCUUUUCCUUUUAGGUGCUAUUGACGCUCGAUCUGUCUUUGCCUCUUUGGUGUUGUUACAGGUUGGUUCUUCAGCGAUUCAUGAUUUUUUGUGUUAGUUCCUAUGAAGUUUUGUUAAUUUUAUACACUCUUACGAUUGGAUAGACAUCAGCUCAAACCAGUGCUUCAUGCUCGAUUGGUCCACUAUAAUUUACUUUCUGAAUAAGCAUGGAGUUCUAGGAGUUAUAUAAGACUCAACUGGAGCAAUUUUACAUCCCACAUUUGUUUAUGGCAGUUCAGUUUUUGUUGAAACUCCAUAGUCAGCAUGAUCUAAUUACCUUAUCCCAAAGACUUUGAUACGAUUUGAUGAUCGUUGUUACUUAUCCUUUUCAAAGUUUGUCAUAGAAUUUCUUUCCUGCAUUCUACAAUCUUAGGCUCGGGAUCUAAAGAAGUUCAAUAAUAUUUGUGAGCAAAUGCUCAUCUUCUCAUCGUAGCCAGUUCAAUGGACUGCGUGCGUCUUAUAAUGCUUUUUUUAGAAUUUUAACAUGCCACGAGUCUCAAACAUAAUUUUUGAUGGCCACAGGCCCACAACCACACGUAUAUGGUUUUCACUUCCUUUUCAUGAAGGGCAUAUAUGAACAAGGUUUAAGCGUUUGGAGUUUGUCUUCUCUAAAUAAGUCUGGUAGAUGAUUUGGUUCAGACUCCAUUUCAACAAGCAAGGGGACCGCGUAUUUACCGGUAAUUUCUUUGUGCUUAAAAUCCUUCUCUUCCGACCUUUUGUUUAACUGUUGCCGCUGUAAUUCUACUUCUGCUGUUGCACUUUCUUUUUCUUGCUGUCAAAAUUCCACUUGUGCUUCUGCACUUUCCUUCUGUGCUGCUGCUACUGUUGUAUUGCUGCUACUAUUAUGCUAUAAUCUUGCAGUUGUUGACUGCUAGCAGUUGCUACAAUAAUGUUGCAUGCUAUUCUAUGCUUCGAAGAACGUUAUAAAAUGUCAAUUGCUUUGCAUUUUGUUUUCAAGGUUUUCUUGCAGUAUGCUUGGAUCAAUGACUUGGGUAUCUGUUUUAGGGUUCGCAAAUGGCUACAGUGAUUAACUACGACAAACAACAACAAAUUGUAUCUAACAAACUUUAUCCUAUUGGGAGAUACAUUGUACUGGAUUUUAGAUGAUGAACAAGUAUGUUGCUUAAGCUCUUAUCCUAUUCUUUGGGAGCUGCAAAGAUGGAGAGGAUUGCCUAAGAGUAUGCUGCUUUCAGACAAAUAGAAAUCCCAGCUGCAAGAUGCAAAUUCUCACCACAGAGAAUAUAAAAAAUAAUCGUGCAAGUGCUACUUAAAUUCCAUCUUCUUUGAGGCAAGAGCGAAGCUCAAAUAAGCUAAUUACGAAAGUGAUUUUUACAUAUUUGUGUAAUUGAAAUGAUAGUAUGUAUAAGUGACUUUAUCCUUACCAACUACGGGUCAUUUUUAGUACGUAUUUGGAUUGAUCACCUCUUAUUCAGCAGAGUAAUUAGAUCAUCUUUUUCUCCAAAACAAAGAGUAAUUAGCUGAAGUAGCUAUUUUCCUGCUACUGGUGAAUCAGUGGGUUCUAUUUGUUGUACUCGGAAUUGAAGCCAUUAUAUGUGAAGAACUUACCAAAAGAUGGAACACAUUUUUCACAAUCAUGGACAGAUUGAGUGGUUUUGACACCAACCAAACUCGGACAGGUGAACAAUAUAAUUGGUUUUGUUCA